AGAGGGGACCGCGAGCCCGGAUUACUGCCAGCCGGGGUGCGGGUACCGCGAGCCCGGGUUACCGUGAGCCCGGGUUACCGCGAGCCUGGGUGGGGGGACUGCAAGCCGGAGUGGGGAGACCGCGAGCCCGGGUUACCUGCUCGCGCCUCCUGCACCGCCACCACCGCCCAUCCAAGGAUAUGCCUUCAAGCCUCCGCCUAGACCCGACUUCGGGACCUCCGGGAGAACAAUCAAAUUACAGGCCAACUUCUUUGAAAUGGACAUUCCAAAAAUUGACAUCUAUCAUUAUGAAUUGGAUAUCAAACCAGAGAAAUGCCCGAGGAGAGUUAACAGGGAAAUAGUGGAACAUAUGGUCCAGCACUUUAAAACACAGAUCUUUGGGGAUCGGAAACCAGUGUUUGAUGGAAGAAAGAACCUCUACACGGCGAUGCCCCUCCCAAUCGGGAGGGAUAAGGUGGAGCUGGAGGUUACGUUGCCAGGAGAAGGGAAAGAUCGCAUCUUCAAGGUGGCCAUCAAGUGGGUGUCGUGUGUGAGCUUGCAGGCGUUACAUGAUGCACUUUCGGGGCGGCUGCCCAGUGUCCCCUUUGAGACGAUCCAGGCCUUGGACGUGGUCAUGAGGCAUUUGCCAUCCAUGAGGUACACCCCCGUGGGCCGCUCCUUCUUUACCGCCUCCGAGGGCUGCUCCAACCCGCUUGGUGGGGGCCGAGAAGUGUGGUUUGGCUUCCAUCAGUCCGUCCGACCUUCUCUUUGGAAAAUGAUGCUAAAUAUUGACGUCUCAGCAACAGCGUUUUAUAAGGCACAGCCAGUGAUCGAGUUUGUUUGUGAAGUUUUGGAUUUUAAAAGUAUUGAAGAGCAACAAAAACCUCUGACAGAUUCCCAAAGGGUGAAGUUUACCAAAGAAAUCAAAGGUCUAAAGGUGGAGAUAACGCACUGCGGGCAGAUGAAGAGGAAGUAUCGCGUCUGCAACGUGACCCGGCGGCCCGCCAGCCACCAAACGUUCCCGCUGCAGCAGGAGAGCGGGCAGACGGUGGAGUGCACAGUGGCCCAGUACUUCAAGGACAGGCACAAGCUGGUUCUGCGCUAUCCCCACCUCCCAUGUUUACAAGUCGGACAGGAGCAGAAACACACCUACCUUCCCCUCGAGGUCUGUAACAUAGUGGCAGGACAGAGAUGUAUAAAAAAGUUGACUGACAAUCAGACCUCAACCAUGAUCAGAGCGACUGCCAGGUCAGCGCCCGAUCGGCAAGAAGAGAUUAGCAAACUGAUGAGAAGUGCAAGUUUUAAUACCGAUCCGUAUGUUCGUGAAUUUGGCAUCAUGGUCAAGGACGAGAUGACAGAUGUGACUGGGCGGGUCCUCCAGCCACCCUCCAUCCUCUACGGGGGCAGGAAUAAAGCGAUUGCCACCCCUGUCCAGGGCGUCUGGGACAUGAGGAACAAGCAGUUUCAUACGGGCAUUGAGAUCAAGGUGUGGGCCAUUGCGUGCUUCGCCCCCCAGCGCCAGUGCACGGAAGUCCACCUUAAGUCCUUCACAGAGCAGCUCAGAAAGAUCUCCAGAGAUGCUGGGAUGCCCAUCCAGGGCCAGCCGUGCUUCUGUAAAUAUGCCCAGGGGGCGGACAGCGUGGAGCCCAUGUUCAGGCAUCUGAAGAACACGUACGCCGGCCUUCAGCUGGUGGUGGUCAUCCUGCCUGGCAAAACCCCUGUUUACGCCGAGGUCAAGCGCGUGGGAGACACGGUGUUAGGGAUGGCCACACAGUGUGUGCAGAUGAAGAAUGUGCAGAGGACCACGCCACAGACCCUGUCCAACCUCUGCUUGAAGAUCAAUGUCAAACUGGGAGGCGUGAACAACAUCCUACUGCCCCAGGGGAGGCCUCCAGUGUUCCAGCAGCCGGUCAUCUUUCUGGGCGCUGAUGUUACUCACCCACCCGCUGGGGACGGGAAGAAGCCUUCUAUCGCCGCCGUCGUGGGCAGCAUGGACGCCCACCCCAAUCGCUACUGUGCCACCGUAAGGGUCCAGCAGCACCGGCAAGAGAUCAUCCAAGACCUGGCCGCCAUGGUGCGCGAGCUCCUCAUCCAGUUCUACAAGUCCACGCGCUUCAAGCCCACACGCAUCAUCUUCUACCGCGACGGUGUCUCGGAAGGGCAGUUUCAACAGGUUCUCCACCACGAGUUACUGGCCAUCCGCGAGGCGUGUAUUAAGCUCGAAAAAGACUACCAGCCGGGGAUCACUUUCAUCGUGGUACAGAAGAGACACCACACACGGCUCUUCUGCACUGACAAGAACGAGCGGGUUGGGAAAAGUGGAAACAUUCCAGCAGGCACAACCGUGGACACGAAGAUCACCCACCCGACCGAGUUUGACUUCUACCUGUGCAGUCACGCCGGCAUCCAGGGAACAAGCAGGCCUUCCCACUAUCACGUGCUUUGGGAUGACAAUCGUUUCUCUUCCGAUGAGCUGCAGAUUCUCACCUACCAGCUGUGUCACACCUACGUGCGCUGCACGCGCUCCGUAUCCAUCCCUGCGCCAGCAUACUAUGCUCACCUGGUGGCCUUCCGGGCCAGGUACCACCUGGUGGAUAAGGAACAUGAUAGUGCUGAAGGAAGCCAUACCUCUGGGCAGAGUAACGGCCGAGACCAUCAAGCGCUGGCCAAGGCGGUCCAGGUUCACCAGGACACACUGCGCACCAUGUACUUUGCUUGACAUGUUUAGUGUUUACGAUUGUGUACCGAGUUGGAUUCACAUGAGACCAGCUACACUCAGACCAACAGAUGCCCAGCCCUUCCGUGACAGCCAGCAUCGAACAUGAGACGUCAUUGAUUUCAGUAGAUUCUCCAUUUUCCAGAAUGCCUUCCGUCCCAGAUUUCACACUUGGAUUUUGAACUGCAGACCUGUAUGAGACCCCGUUGUCCUAGGAAAUAUGGUUUGCCAAAAUCUAUAAGCUGCUUACUAAAAUAGAGUCCCGUGUUUCCUAAAAAUCUCCUAAAACCAGUCUAUGAACUCAGGGCUUUAAAACGUUUUUAAUUUAUUUGGUCAUUCAAUUUACUUGUUUUUAACACAUGAUUCUAUAUGAAAUUGAUGGGCUCAAACUAGCUGUGAACGUUCUCUGAGAGUGAGAGCAGCACAAAACACGAUUGUGGUUUUAAAGCCUUGAACAUUCUGAUGUUGUCACUAAAGUUUAUUUCAAAGUGAUGCUAGUGUGCUCCUGACUUGGCUUUCACAAGCCCUUCGGGACCCGAGGGCAGGUGGCAUGCCGAGGCGCCCACAGGUGGGUCUGUUCUGCCACUGCUUGCCUUUCUCACAGCUUGAAACAAGGAGCAGUGGCAGAAGAUGGGCCACGUGUGUUUACAACAUUUAUAGGUCCAGAGAGAUUGGCAGACAAGUGCCAUUUUAAUAAAAAUUUAUUUAAAAAAAGAAAAAAGACAAUAUGCUGACAGUCUAAUCAUAAGAUUUGUCCUAUAGGACUGUGACGUUUAUUUUCCAAAGUUUCUAAAGAAUACGGGUCUGUGGUGAUAAAUACAGUACAAUCCUUUUUCACUGUUAUGUCUUUAAUGUAAGAGAAAAAUAUAUAUAUCUGGUUUGCAGUAUUAAUGUGAUAGAUAGAUGGGAUAGAUGCCAUUUUUCAUUUUAUUGACUACGGGGUGCUUCUUGUGAUCUGUUUAGCGUUAUCAAGAGUGUUUCGGAGCCUGGAGCCUGGAGCCUGGACCACCUCCUGUGGUUCUCAGUGCUUAAGUACAGGAAUAUGCAGUUGACUUAAUGUGACAGCAGCCUGCCCCCCUCAGCGUAGAUUGUGUAGCCUGUACCUUCAGGAGGACCGAGCACACUCACGAGGCCAUCACUCCCUCCCUCUCUGUCCCCUCGCCCCCGUGUUCUUGCUCAGCCGAUUAAGCACAAAUGGAAUGUAUGUAUUCUCCCAUUCCUGGGAGACACGUCCAUGUAUCAGAGUGUACCUCUCUCUGUGUGUGGUUUUGUUAGACUCGUUUCAUAGGAUCUAUGCACUGAAACACACAGAAAGCUGUUGGCAGUGGCUCCCUGUUGGGGGCGAGGCCAGCAGUCAGCAACAGAGCCCUGGCCUCCGGAUGGCUGACUGCCAGGCCAGCAGCAGUGGCAGACCCUUCUGCUAAGAUUUGCAUUCUGGGCCCCAGAUGUGGGUUUGCCAAUCUGGAAACCAUUGCACUAAGAGUGAUACCAUGGACAGCUUGAAAAGGGUAAGAACAGACACGUCUGUUUGUGCUAACUGGCUUUUUGUUCUUGUAGGCAGUUGUAUUCAGAGUCAAGUCCACAUUCAAUGUAGAGAUUCUAGGAAGGAGACGACCCUUCCCUAGAGCUGCUUUGUGCUCUGUAGGUUUCCACUCCCCAGCCCGGCCUGACAUUUACCUCUGGCACUGCGGUGGAGUGAGGGUCCCGAUGGGGGUGCCUCGUGCUGGAAUAAGCGCCACCUCUGUCUCCUGGUCUGACGGCUCCAAGGGGUGGGAAGGGCAGGGAACCGCAGGCCGAGCUGUAAUGGACACUCAGCCUGGAUUUUGGCAGCGAUAACAAAGGGAUGACAAUAUUAUUUGUGAAGCUAUCUACUCCGAGAACUGUGUGCGUGUGUGUGUGUCUGUGUGUGCAUGUGGGUGUCUUAUUAAUGGCAUUAGUCUCUUCUUGCUGUAUCUUUUUUUCUUUGUCUUUUUAAAUGACAGAAGCCUCUGCUCUAAGAAACGUUGCAAUUCCCUGUCGUUUUAUUGGCAAGUGGCACUUUCUCCUAUGUUCAGAAGCAUACCAAUACACUCUUGGCUUAAAUUACCAGAAGCAUUCAAGCUAAGGAGGGAAUCUUUUCACUAAUACGCUUUUAAAAUCUGAAAUUAGGUUAGUUUUCAGCCAUUUUUAGGAUCAUCUAGAACCACGUGUCUCAAAGGUGUGUUUUUAACCACCUGCACCAGGAUCUCAGUGGUCGGGGCAGUGGCGGUGCUUGGUAAAAAUGCAGACCCCAGGGCUGGGAGUGGCAUCUGCAUUUUACACCAUUGGCCAGGGUUCCAGGACUGCCUGGAGUCAGAGAGCCCUGAUCUAGAGCUCGCUGGAGUGUGCUCUCCCGCGCGCCGCGGGUCCAGCAGGGAGUAGCUCUUUGGGCUGCAGGGAGAGGGUUUCUGAGCUAAUACCUGGGGAAGAUCACAGGCUGGCAGAAAAUUGGACCUAAAAUUUUUUAUCAUUUUUGAAGGAAAAGUUUUCUUGUUAGUGGGCCAAAGUACUUUGAGAAGGAUACUUUUUAUAGCCCUAUGCUUGUUUUAUAAAACUUUUAAUACUAAAAGCAUUAAUAGACCAAACGUCUCCAGCUGGGUUAGCUGCAUACCUUGGUACAUGUCUAAUGAUUCAGAAUUUAAAUGGCUAUAGUUACAAUUUCUCAGGUAAAUAAUUGUUCUCCCAAAUUUCUACCAAUCCCCCCAUUAUUAGGAUAAAUUUUGAGACAGUGUAAAACCUCAAAGCGCAGUAGAAUAAGUCCGAGCCCUGUUCAUAUGGAAGCCAAAGGGCCCCCUGCCCGUCUUCUGCUUGUGCUUGCACCCGCACAGGGCUACCUCAUGCCUGCGCGUGGCCCCGAGGAGGGGCUCUGGGGUAGCCCCAUCCUCCUCCUGCGUUUGACUGGACCCCGGAGGCUCGGGGCCCAUGCAGAUUAGAGAGGCGUCUGCUCGCCGGCUUUGCCCCACCCCACUGUUAAGUAAGGUGUGCCUUGCUUUAAGCAAACUGAAUGUGAAAAUUAUGAUGUAGGAAUCUGGAUUCAUUUAAAAGAAAAACCGGGACUUAUCUCAUCUCUUUAAAAGAGGUCUCCCAAUUAGAUUCUUGUACUGGUACUCUUCCUAGUAUAUUUUAAAAUAUUCACUGUAAGAAAAAUAAUGUAUUCCCAUCCCUUCACCACUAUCUAUUACAUUUCAGAAGCUCUCACCCUAAUAACUAAGUGAUGAAAGAAACCCAGGGGAGCCGUUUAAAAAGCCACCGUUUUGUAGAACAUCCCUUUGGUAAUGCUAUAAUUCCAUCCUGCUGUUUGUGUAUCAUAAGCUUAGAUUUUCCUAGUUCAGAUGAAUUUUGUAAAACUGGGCAUACUUGUACUUUUAGAAAGGGAUUGUUUUAUUUGGGUUUUCUGUUUUGAGAAGUCUUCGCAUGUACACUUGAUACUACAUUUUAGGGUCUGCCUUUUCAAGAUUAUGUUGCUCUUCGGUAGUGUUCCCAUACUCCCUUAAAUGAAUGUUUGCACUCUGGAACCACAGACAUCCCUGGCCACUGCAGCGGCCUCCCCUUGAGGGAACUGCUGGCAACAGAGUGUUUGCCAAGCUGUUGGAGGUGGGCCGUAAGCUCUGCUGUUCCCGGUGUUUCCCCGGGUACUGAGUGCUCAUAGACAAUUCGAGUCCAGCUCCUACAGCAGGGUUGGGGGGAGUUCUAUUGAUGUUAGAUUCUAUGUUAUUUUUAUUGUUGUUAAAUGCAAAUGUUGCUAUUUAUUUUUUCCUUUCUGCUCUGGUUUGAUUUGGCCGAUGUGGAUAUUCCAGUGCAUGUGGUACCUGAUGAAUAUGAUAGAAAUUAUUUUCCCCGAUUUUUAUAAAUUACCUAAUGUUUACCUUCAAUUUUGCCGGAUGAUUUAUUUUUGAAAGCUACAAAGGUAAUUUUUCUGGAUGAAUUGUUUUUCUUAUAUACGCAGCGAUGUAAUUUUACAUUGAUCUGCAGGGUGGUUUAAAUUUUAUUUUUACAAGGCAGUUUUUCAGUCAAAUUAUAUAUUUGAUACAAUAUGUUAAGGGUAGACCAGCCAAGCGUCAUGCAGUUGGGACACCAGACUGUCUCUGGGAGGCCUUUGGGGGCUGGGGCCGCUUCUCUUGGUCGCUCGUUGUCAUGGAAGCACUUGGCUUGUGUCAUGGAGCCGUCAGGAUCUGGAUGUAGGCCUUCACUGGGACUUUGAUCUGUUGAACAGUUAAAAGAAUUUUUCCUGGGCAUUUUCCUACACCUAAGGCAGUUCCAUUAGAAGCUGACAUAAUCCAGACAGUGGACAAUCCCAGUGGCCCGGACAAGCCAUAGAAAUUUCCCUGUGACCUCUUUGACUCAUCUCUCACGCUCAUGAGAAAAGGAAUGUACAAUAAAUAGAAACUUCCUCAGUGUUCGUGCGCCUCACUUUCAGAAUGCAGAUAUCUUCUUUAUAUUUUAAGCCCUUCCCCAAAGUAGCCCAAAAUAUUUUCUCUAGCUGCCGUGCCAGAGUUUCGGCUGCUGUGACGUUUUUCAAUGUAGACACAGUGCACGUGUGACUUUGUAAUGGGGCUCUCCGUGUUACACACAGGCUGACUCUUUUUUGUAAGGAAAACUUUCAACUCCAAAUAAUUGCACUGAUUUUUUGACAGCUUCCUUUUUAUGAUGUCCCACUUUGCAUCUGCUGUACUUGUUUGAGGUGACUGUAAAUAGGGUUAGGCUCGCAGAAGUGAUGUGAACGCAGCAUUGCUUUGUUUUAGGGAGGCUGCCGCGUUCUUCAGUAUUAUGUGUUAGAGUCGUGUGGACGUAAUUCUGUUCUUUAGCCUUGUGUCUGUUGACCAUUCAUGAAGGACAAACUAGCCUCGUUUUCUUGUUUUUCUGAAGAAAAGGUUGCAACCUAUUGAGAGGGGAAGAUGCUCUCUCCUUAAGUUCUGAAGAUGUACUUUUAAGAGAAUUGUGAAUCCUUUGCACACUUUUUUGGUCUGUCUAAUUCCUUGUCGUUUGCCAUGACUCCCCAAAGCGUGUUCUUCUAGUCUGCCCAGCACUCGGCAGUUCGGUGGGAAGCAUCUGUCUGGCCAAUGUUAACAGAGGGUGAGGGCUGCCCUCGCUUGUCUUUGGUCAGCCGUCAUUUUAAAGCCAUGAGGUCACUGUUGUGUCAAAACCGUCAUUUAUGGCUUAUCCCAUGGAUGCUAGAGAGCCCUGAAAUCCAGUGCCGUUCCUCUCUGCCCCGUGAUUCUGCUAGAUUAGAAGUGCGUGCUCCAGCCCACAGUGUUGCAGUUCUGUUUGUGGUCAGGCUGCCCAGUGUCAGACACACAAAGGAGUUCUUAGACCCAAAUCGGUCACCUGAGUGUGUGAAUGUCACGUCGAUGCCAUCGUGGUACCCUCGCUUAAUGCUUUUUUGGAUGUGUCUUGCCAUUUUAUUGUCGAAAGUGAAUGUAUUGGCUUAGCCAAAUCACUACAGAAGGUGGUUUCUAAAUACCUUUUAGAUGAAAUAAAUGCAGAUAAAGGCUACCUCUGAAUUCUCAAUAGAUUCAUGUUUGCUCUUAACCCUAGCACUCCACACUGAAAAUAGCCAAAAUGUUGCCUGAAUAAACUGAAUUGUGAACAUCUCUCUGUUCAGUUCUGGCUUGAAAAUUUGUGUGCCAUACUGUGACCCGUGGGCAGUCCCCUCCUCCCCCUCUGAGGUGCCAUGGGUGGGCCAGGGUCUCCUCAGGGCUGCCCAGCUCCGAGAUUCUAGGAUUCUAAGCUGCCAGCGUGAAUGAAACGGAAAGGCUUUUCUGCACUGUCCUCACAGGCUGGCAGGAGCAUCUCCAUGCAGGGCUGUGUGUGGCGAAACCUUGAAAUGGCCUGCUGUCCUGGCUUUUCACUUUCCUGUUCAAUAUAAGAAAGCACUUUUUUUUUUUUCUUUUGCUUUACUUAUGAGUGGGUUGAAAAUGGCUCCCUCUGCCCUCUUCUCCCUUUUUAUACACUCUUUAAAAUCACCACGGUGCUUAAACACCGAUCUCGUGCAAGUAAUACGUUUAAAGUAGCUGCAUGGUUUCGAAAAACAAUGCAGAUGUAGUUGACCUUUGACUUUGGAACUUUGAGUUACUAUCAUUCCCUACUUAAAAAUGAUCUAAGGUUUGAAAGCAGAAUGUUCUGUUCAAAUCCAAGGCCCUUUGUUUGAAAGGAACACAGGGUCCACAGCCGGCGUCUUGAAGUAGGAGCUCCUGCCACCGGCGCCCUGGAUCCUCUGACGCCAACUUGCAGGAAAUCUGUCCUGGGAGAGUUUGCUGUGACUCUGAAUCUUGUGACCCCUUCUUGUGAUUAACCACUUUGCUGUCAGAAAUGUCCUUUGCCCACACACCACUGUGGGUAAUGCAUUCACUGUCACCCUCUGCCUCCUUCACGCCUUUUCUUUAGGUUCCUUAUGUUCUCUCAUCUUCAGAAGUUUAGCAUUUGCUCCAAAACACCUCCACUGGUUUGCUCUUAAAUUCUUGAGGGACAGGCAGCAAGCUUUGCAAUUACAGAUGUCUGGGUAUGUGGAAGUGGCUCUGCUCUCCUGCUGGAUGCUCAUCAGACAUUGACUUUGGCCCAGAGAGGUCCCAAAUCCAUCAUUACGUGGAAGUAAUUGCCUUUAACACUGUUGUUUUGGGUUUUGAUGAUUUUCAUGCUACGUGGCGUGCUUUAAUUCUGAAAGAGCUAAGUGUCCUUUGCGGUCUUUCUAAGAAUGUGUUGUAACUCUGCAACCACACUGCUCUGUAGCUGCAGGCCACCCCAGGCACCUCGGAUGUGUAGGGUGGGUGCCCAACAUCUGCUGACCUGCUUCUGGGGCUCCUUGGGACCUCUGGGUUGGCCUCAUUUUUAGCCAGAAUCCCAUAGAGGGUGUUUCUGGGGACACUGCGCAGUGGCCCACUCCUCCAGUCAGUAAUGUGAACUGUUGAACGCAGAUCUGCCCAUCAGCUUUUUGCUCGCAUGUCUCCAGAAUCCUGAGGUGGGCCUCUCCCACCAUCUUUGCGUUCAUGAAAGCGUAUUUUAAAAUGAGAGAACUGAAGAUUACUGGUGCUUUUGUUAACACUUUUCUGUCUUAUUGGUUGAUGUGAACAAUUUCGAUGUGUUAGAUCUUUAGAUGCCUUUGGUGGUGUGACUGAUGGGCUGAGUCCUCUUCUCGCUCCAGCCCCUCGUGAGGGGCUCAGGGAGGCUGGAUUGUCUCCUAUUUGCACCUCUUUGGAUUUGAGUAGUUCAGAGUCAAAGCUAAAACACCAAAUAUUCAUUCUUUCCCCCCAGGUGUCUCUAGGCCAACCUCGUUCAGUACUUUCUGAAUCUUCAAGGUCCUUAAAACCAGGAGUUGAUCCCAAGGAUGCCCCACACCACCAGGCCAGGGGGUGCAACGCAGACCAACUGCUUGGCUGCUUGGCACCACUUGACAGCAAUAGGUGCUCAUGUGGAGGACCAGAGGCUCCUUUGAACUCUGGAGGUUGUGGGAACAAUCCUGAGGGGAGGGAGAAGGCAGGCCCCUCUGACCCAAGAAGCAGGUGAUGCCCAGGUUUUCCUCUGGUCUCCAUCAGUACCAGACUGAGUAUGUUCUGGAAGACCCAGUCUCAGCCUCUGUGCCUUUAAAGUCCAGUCCUCAGUGUCCUUUCAGAAUCAUGUUGGGGCUCCAUUUUCAUUGGGAAGUAAGCCUGUACCAUUACAUAAGUCAAUCAUGGACCUGCCUUUGAAGCUCCUUCUGCUCCUCAGCUCCUGACUCUGUGAACUGUGGUGCCCAUGCACGCUGUCUCGUGUCGGAGAAUGUUAGGUUCCUGUUGCAUGAUUUCUCCCAUGCUCUCACCAAGUUCACCUCUGCUGGAAUUUCAGGAAAUUGGUGCAAGGCCCAUCUCCGACAUUGACCAUGACCAUCAGCAAAACCUGGUGGUUUUGUUCUCACAGUCACUCAACAAGAGUAUUUAGUGUAACAGAACUAGAUUUUUAAAAAAGGAGUUAGAAUCGUGUCUUUGUGCAAUGUACGUGAAGUCCUCAGAUGUAAGGUGCUAUUGAGUCCUACCAUCCCUGUUUUGGAAUGCUUUUCGUGAUUGUUGCUCCAUUUUGUGAUGUGCAGGGAGACUGCUUGCUUAGUUGUGGCUGUCACUUUGAGCUGUGCACAUAGGAGUCUAAUUUUGACAUAUCUAAAAUACAAUUUUUAGCUCUAACUUUUUCAAGCCAGGUCUUGAGCAGUUUUCUUGGCUGAUGGACCACCUUUCCCUGUCGGGGUGAUUUUAUUGGUUUUAAGUGGGGGAAAUAAUCCAAUGUUAUUUAUUUUUAAAAUGUGUAGAAGAUCCUUCUUGGUGGCUUCUCUUGGCCCUUUCCUCUUGCCCAAACCCUCCACUCUGAAAGGCAGCAAGCAGCCUUCCCUCAGCAGAGGCGCUGGCUGCCGAGGGCCCAGUACCUUGACAGCUUUGGAUCCUCUUCAAAGCCAAAUACACAAGUGACUAAAAUCCUUGAAAGUAUAUAGUGUAGCACUAAAUGGAAAUUUGAGUCUUGAGUUUGAUGGUGGAUUUUAAUGUAGUGGGUGAAGGUAUGAAUUCAUGUUUUAUAACUGUAGAGGCAAGUGAGUUUUUACUUUUUAAAAAGUUUUAAGAGGAAAAUUCUAAGUUUCUGUGCAGCAAAGUGGCUAAUUACUCAUUAAACACUAGAAAAGAAUGUCGUGUCUAAAUCCAGAUUGUUCUUCCCUCUGGUACACUUCAGAUUACUCGCCUCGGGUGUAUUGAGGGAUUGUAACCCUGAGUUUUAUCAGCUUUCCUAGUUUUAUUUUAUUUUUGUAAAAUAAAUGAAAAAGAACCAAAAAUGAAUUUGAAAGUUCCAUAGGUAGAUCUUGUCCCUUCUUAAUUUUCCCCCACAAUAAAACAUUUUAGAAGACAUUUCGAAUCCAAAUGUAUUACGACCCUUUAAAGUUUACUGUUUUCUCAGAAGCCGAGCAGCUACAAGGGCCUCAUUUCAGGUGGUACUCUGCGUGUUGUCCACGGACUCGUCUGUACCUGUGCGGUGGGUCUAUGUGACGAUGUCUUAUGUUUGCAAUAUAGAAACCGUGCAGUGCUGUUUUGUAAAUUGACAGUUCUUGUAUAAACUAGUAUUUAUAUACAUUGGCCUCUCUGUAUAACUUUUCAUUUGCUACAUGAAUUGUAAAAUUAAUUAUAAAAUUAUAGUACCUGCUAAAUACAAUUCUGAGGCUUCAUGUCCUUGUCUUUAGUUGAAUAUCAUUCUCUGUGUUUUGAGGAUGUCCAAUGCUUGCAUGAUGCUAGGUGGUAAUACCACUUUAAAUUAAGCCUUAAUCAGAUGUUAAAUUUGUAAGUUUCAGAGUAUGCAAAAAUAUUAGGCAGAGUGAGUUUAAAAUGUUCCGAUCAAGAUGCUAUUUCAUAAUUCAACAAGUCUUUCCUCUGGAGUUACAAAGGGAAAUGUUCAAUGAUACAGAUCUCUCUCUCUCGCUCGCUCUCUCUCUCUCGCUCGCUCUCUCGCUCGCUCUCUCUCUCUCUCACUCUCUCUCAUCUGGCUUGGCUGUUGCCAUCACUUGAUGAAAUUGGAUCAUUGUGCAUUUUUCUGGCAGUCAGUCAAAAAGACCUGUUCUGAAAGUCUUCAGACUUUUUCAGGGUUAUUUUUAAGUGUUUGAAUUGUUUUCCCUCCAGUCUGAGAUUUAUUCAUGGCUGAUGGAAAGUAUGAUUUGGGCGUCACCUUAUCUGCAAACCUGCUCGUGCUCUGAGCUUUCUUCAGGUAGUGCCACCUGUCAUCGCCUCUGCAUAUGAUUAAGUGGGUUUUUGUUUUUGUAAAAGCAUCUUAAAUUUAGACAGAAAUGGAGGGGACCCAGCUUUCUUUACAAUGCGGAUCUACCUCAGUUAAACAGUUGGGUGCUAUUUACUAAGUUUGUCAAAUUAAUUGGAAAAAGUAACCAAACAGUGAGAUGCAACUCCACACAAAGCUUGAAAUCAUAAUUUCCGUUUAUUUAAUAAUAUUUUUAUUUAUUUUGUGCCUUUUAUGUUGAAUCCUAACGCAUUGAAAAAAAUCACUAUGAAAUUAAAUAUUUUAUAUAGUAGGUGGGGAGCAAAGCCCAUUGGCCGUGGAAUUUGAUAGAUUUCCCCCAGCCAACUACUGACAUGUAUUGGAAUCCCAACUGCCCUCUUGUGAAAAGAAAAAAAAAUUGUGUCCAAGAGCAAAUUCAACAUUUUGCAAACAAAUUACAAACUCUUCUAUGCAUAUACUUACAGCUAUCACUCCACUUUCUGUGUGAGUGAAGGGGCGGCCAAAACAGCUCACAAGUACCCUUACUAUUGCUUUCGUCGCCAUUUGUGCCCACCUCUUCCUCCGGCAUAUUUUAUAAGUUUAUUUCAUAAGCAGCAAGUGGUUGGUUGUCAGUUCCAUCUCUCCUGACUCCUGGGGGAGGUGUUAAUGACCAUCGACAGCGGAAGGGGGGGCGCAUGUGACCGUCUGGAGGGGGGGGCCUGCAUCCGGCAGCAGCCUCGGGGGUUCUGUAAGUUAGGAAGGCUUUCUGGCAGGUGAGAAAGUAAGAUAGAGAUUGAUGACUUUCCAUGCUUUUGUAUUUGGCGGUUUACAACUCUAGACUUUUCCUACUACGGCGAUCUUUUCUAACUUAAUUCUUUGGAGGUAACACAAUAUUUUGGAGUCUUAAGAAUUUCAUUUUAUACCAAUAAGAAAUAAAAAUUAGGGAUCUUUCCUGUAGUAUAUAGUUUUACUAUUUUAAAGAGAUCUCUGAAUUUUACAAGAGAACCAACAUUCCUUACUGGCAAAACUUUGAAAGUUGAUUUGGGAGGCUUUUUGCUGCAGGAUCUCAAAAAAAUGGGAUGAUUCUAGUUAAAUGUUUUUAAUUUUUAAACUUCCAUCAGGUCGAUACUUAAGCUAUAUUUUGUAAAGAGUAAAUCAUCCUUUAGUAUGCUGCAUAUAAAGAUCAGCGUUGUUGCACUUUCUCAAUAAUAAUAAAUGCCCUGCGAUUGGCCCACCAGUAAGCAUUUUGUUUUUUACCUAACAAGAGUACUUUGGGCAGGUGAUUAAAUUUAUACAGGUACCUCAAGAAAAAGAACCUGAAUAUGCUGCAUUUUAUUUCUUUAGCUUUUAUAUGUAGCAUUUUGUUUUGCUCUUAUUAUUUUGUUUAGAUAUGUGCUUUUUGGACCCCAAUGGACUGUUGAAAGAAAUUUCAAAGUUACUCUUGUAGGGAUAAAGUACCUUUUUUUUUUUUUUUUUUUUUAACUUACUGCAAUCUCUGGUUCACAGGUUGCCCACCGGUAGAAUAAUGCUUUACCCAAAUACACCUGAGAAAAGGAUACCAUGUGUAUAAGCAGACAAUAAUGUUCCCAGUCCUUUCUGUUCAUGCUGCUUUCUUAAUUCUUUUCUCCAUGUCAUCAAGAGGUUGGAUAACUGAUUCCUAAGGUCAAACUUAAACAUUGUGGUAUCUUAACGUUUCCAACAAAACCUCACAAAAUUGCCAUUGAGUAAGUAGCAUGAUCCUAAAGGUGUUGCUGGCGUUAGGCAGCCGGGUCAAUCUGGUCUCUGAAGAGCCAGUCUUCGCACCCUCUAUUCUGCAGCACUCACCCUGAACUGAACAGAUGGGGAGUGGCCUCGAUUGACAAAAGACAACCCGGUGAAGAAGCUACAGGCUGAGACACUGAGCAUCUAUUGUCGUGUUUAAGCUUAGCUGGGUCCUUUCAAGUUUGUUUUACAGCUUACUAGAUUAAGUAGUUUGCACUAUUUUUGCAAUAAAUUCAUGGAAACCCUGACAGUUACUUGUUUUGUUUCUUACUGUGUGUAUAUAAACUAAUACUAAAAGUUUGGCAUAGUGUUUUUUCACCUCCAUACAUAACCCUUAACAUGCACAGAAUGCUGUAAAUCUGAUCAACUAUGACGUGAAUGAUAUUUUAUAAAGUUAUUUUGUAUGGUGUCAAUUUUGUUUUGCCUCAUAGUAUGUCAGCAAAAAAUAAAAUAAAGUUCCUCGUAUUUACA